GAAGUUAGGUUUAUUCUGUGGCAGAAACUGGUGGCAGAUUGAGCGGAACUGGUGCUGGACGAGGAGAGGUCGCGUUUGCGAGACCCGGGAGAUUAAGAAUGGGAGCUGAGGUUUACUUCUUCGUGUUAGCGACGGCUUUAAUAUGUGGAGCACAGGCUACAAAAUACCAACAUGAGCAGCUCAUGGUCUAUAUUGCCCAGGACCGCAGUCCUGACAAACAGUUCGAUAUUUUGAGUGAUGGUGAUGAGUGUUUCUACAUGGACUUCAACCUGAAGAAGGAGGUGCCACGGAUCCCUUAUUUUGCAGGCCAUGGAAUACAGGGAGGAGAGGCGGGGGUCUUGGCUCAAAUAGCCAUCUUGAAACAGAAUUUAAACGUUUACAAGAACCUGUCACAAGGGAGCCCAGAACCUAAAGUUCCCCCUCAGACUGCCAUGUACCCCGAGGAACCCGUGGAGUGGGGUCAGCCCAACACUUUGAUCUGUCUGGCUGACGGAUUCUACCCGCCGAGCAUCAGGAUGACAUGGAAACGGAACAAGAAUCCUGUGACCGGUGGAGUCAACACCACAGAGUACUACCUGAAGAGCGACUCCUCCUUCCAGAGAUUCUCCUACCUGAGCUUUGUGCCAAGUCCUGGAGACAUGUACUCCUGCCAUGUGGAGCAUGAGGCUAUGAAGGAGCCAAGAGUUGUCUUCUGGGAACCUGAGGUACCUGAGGAAGCUUCUGGCCCAGGAACCGUGAUCUGCGCACUGGGACUCUCCCUGGGAAUCAUCAGUGCCGUGGUUGGAAUCAUUCUACUGAUCAAAGAGAGGCAGCGUCUGCAGGCUCAGCAGCAGGGCAUCUAGGGAUUAACAGUCCAGGGCCCGCCCAGCGUCUGCCUCCAUCUAGCGGUUCAUCUCAGCCCACUUGUGAGACUAGCAUUUACUCCACGAAUCCAACGGGUACAACCCAACUGAAGCCAUUCCUGCAGCAAUAAACCCUUGACUUCAGUAA